CUUCCGAAAAUUUAAAAAUAGUUAUGGAUUGUACAUAUUAUGGCGAUAACAAUAUCAAGAUAAACAAUAUUGUAGAUUAUUACAAAUUGUAUUUAUCGUAUCACCUUCAGUUUACUAUAAGCGUUCGCGACGUUACCUUAUCUAAUAAUGAGUGUUAAACGAAAACGUAUCGUUCUUUCUCUUGAGAAAAAAGUGUUGAUUAUUAACCGAGCUGUAGAUCAUGGUGAAAGUAUACAAAAACUUGCAGACGAGUUUGGCGUGGGUCAACAGACAGUUCGUGACUUAAUCAAACAAAAAAAUGAAAUUUUUAAGUUCAUAUCUUGUCCAGAAUUAUCAGCUACGAGAAAAACUAUGAAAAAGUCAUCAUUAUCAGAUAUGGAAUCUGCUCUUUUUGAAUGGUUUAAACAGAAGCGUAUUGAAGGACUUCCAAUUUCUGGGCCAAUAGUUUGUGAAAAAGCAAAAUGGUUUCAUGAAAAUUUGAAAAUAGAGGAAAGUUUUAAUGCUUCACAAGGUUGGUUAUUUAGAUUCAAAACUCGUCAUGGUAUAAGACAGCUGGACAUUCAAGGUGAAUGUCUCAGUGGAGAUUUGACUGCUGCAACACUGUUUAAUGACGAAUUCAAUUCAAUGCUUUCAAAAUUGAACCUGUCCCCUGAUCAAGUGUACAACGCAGAUGAAUCAGGUCUAUUCUGGAAAAUGUUACCCUCAAAAACACUUGCCGCGCAAUCUGAAAAAUCAGCUCCUGGACAUAAAUCUAGCAAAGAACGACUUACUAUUAUGACAUGUUCAAAUGCAACCGGUACACAUAAGAUCAAAUUAACUGUAAUUGGAAAAGCUAAAAAACCAAGAUCUUUUAAAGGAACCGAAAUGAAAUAUUUUCCAUGUGAUUAUUACCACCACCCAAAAGCUUGGAUGAACCAGGUUAUUUUUAGUGAAUGGUAUUUUAACGUUUUUGUACCUUCUGUAAAAAAAUUUCAAGAUGAAAAAGGUAUACCAAAAAGAGCUGUUCUUCUGCUUGAUAACGCUCCUUCACACCCCUCAGAAUCUACCCUGAAAACAAUGGAUGGUCAAAUUUUUGUCUAUUAUCUACCACCUAACGUAACUUCCUUAAUACAGCCAAUGGAUCAAGGCGUGAUUUCCUGUUUGAAACGAAAGUACAAAAAGAUAUUUCUCCUUUAUCUCUUACAAGAAAAUUGUUAUGAUUCAAUGAAAGAACUUUUGAAAACGUGGACCAUAAAAGAUGCCAUUUUCGCAGUAUGUAAUGCUUGGGAAAAUGUACCUGCAAGUACGUUACGACUUUCUUGGGUGAAAAUCUUAGAUCAAGGUUAUGGUGACGAAGAAAAUGUCGAAGAUACAGAUAUAGAAGAUUGUCUUGAACUUGCUACAUCUAUUCCAGAUUUCACUAACGUUGAUAAAGACGAUAUUGUUGAUUGGCUACAAAAAGAUCAUAACGAAGAGGGAUUUGAGCGUUUAAGUGACUUUGACAUAGCAGCUCGUUAUGGCAGUACAAGUACACUAUCUACCUCACAAAAGCUUGAUUCUUCUUCUGAGAGUGAUAAUGAAAGUGAGAGUUUUGAAAAAAUACAGACUAGCCAAGCAAUGGAAGCAGUUGAUGUCCUUUUGAAAUUUUGCGAGCAGGAGGAUUUUGACUUCCAUGACGUUAUUGGCUUAAGAAAAAUAAGAAGUGAAGUGAGGACAAUUAUUUCAAAACAAAAAAAACAAAGGCUGAUCACUUCUUACUUUUCUUAAGUCAAUAACGUCAUCCUCAUAACUUAUUAUGUAUGCAUCAUUUGUAUUAAUAUAAAACAUUUUUUAAUUAAAUUAAAUAAAUUACAUUUCUUAUUAUAAUUAAAUAAAAAUUUCAUUAUUAUAAAAAGUCUCGAUCAACCGUGGUUUUCAUUUAUCCGUGUGACCCGCUCCCCGUCAUUACCCCGGAUAAUCGAGGUUCCACUGUACGUACUCAUAACCUAAACGAAUUGAAAACCCGCGACUUUUGUAUCGACGGCUUAUUUCCGUUGUUCGUACGUGUGCGUUUACACGCGGGUGACACUCUUAUUAAAAUCUACUAAUUAUA